UCGAGUCAGACGUUCAGUUUCAGUUGUUCGUUUUGUCGGCGUUGAGAAGUUUUGUUGUGUUGUAAUUAUUAUUAUAUACUUAUAAGCGUGAUUAUGCCUAAGAAUUCACCAAUUUUAAAUUUACUACAGUUCACCCAGGAAAGAAGCGAAGGCCCACCAAUUUACCAAGUCGAAUGCAUCGAAGAAAAUCCUAGACUGUUUUUCAAAUGCCUCGUGAAGGCAUGCUCUAUCGAAGCCAUAGGUUAUGGAACGACGUCACAGAACGCUAGAGAAGAAGCAGCUAGGGCGGCUUUGCAAAUUUUGAUACCUCCAUGUACAUCAACUGAAAAUGAAACUUUAACACCUCGCCCCAACCAUGUUGAACAAUUAAACAGUUUUGUUAACAAGCACGGCUUGUUGUAUGGGCCAACGUACUACGAUAUCCCAUUCCUUGGAUCGUCUGUAGUUUGUCUAACUAUAUGCAGAGUUGAAUGUUAUACAGUGGAAGGUUAUGGUGCCGACCCGAUGGAAUCUAAGGACGAUGCAGCUCGCAAUAUGUUGUAUGUUCUGAGCCUUAUUGGCGAUAUUCCUACAACACGUCCGAGUAGAGAGCAAACAAAGAGCAGAAGUCCCAACCCCAAGAGGCGCUCCCAGAAGAUAUCUGUCCAGUACAGGCUGGACCGUAUCAAAAAUUCAGUGUUGGACCUGGCGGAUUAAGCAGUUG